AUGUAUCGGAAGUUGUCUAAGUUAGAACACUCGGAAAUAAAACAACUUCUUACAGAAGCUAAUAUAGAUGUUGCAAAGCAUUACGCAACAAACAAAAAGGCACUCACUGACAUCCUCAAUGACUAUAAUGGUGCAAUAACUUAUGAUAGAAUUCAUGAGUUCAUAAAGCCGCAACACGGCGAGGACGAAGUCCAUGCAAUAGCAUUUCCUUUAAAUGACGUUGCUAUUGACUUAUAUCAUAGACGUUCAGUACCUCAUGAAGUAAGAAGAGAAAUGUUUGACAUAACAAAUGCGAACGUUGGUGAAACAAGAAGAAGAGACGACACACUGAAACAACAGAGAAGAGAGAUGUUUAAAAGUGCUAUAGAACAAGUUCGCAAAGCUAACGAUGUCAUUCGUUCCAUUGACGACAAACCAAAAGAAG